GACGAGGUGGCUUUGGCCCUGGCGGCCUGGCUGGCGUUGGGCGGGCGGCACCUUAGGGCUCACAUGAGCCACUGGCAUCAUGCCCGCGGCGACUGGGGCCGGGGACCAGCCUUUUCUGGACACUCUUCAUCCAAAAAGAAGGGCAAGAAUCGCAUCCCUGAGAGGUGGAAAGACUACCUUCCAAUUGGGCGGCGGAUGCCUGGGACCCGUUUCAUUGCUUUCAAAGUUCCUUUGAAAAAGAGUUUUGAAGGGAGUCUUUCACCAGAAGAAUGUUUUUCUCCUCUGGAUCUUUUUAACAAAGUCCAAGAACAAAAUGAAGAACUCGGACUGAUUAUUGAUUUAACGUAUACACAACGUUAUUAUAACCAAGAGGAUUUCCCAGAAACUAUUCCUUACUUAAAAAUUUUUACAGUUGGGCAUCAGGUACCUGAUGAUGACACUAUUUUUAAGUUCAAAAGCGCUGUUAAUGGGUUUUUGAAGGAAAAUAAAAAUAAUGACAAACUUAUUGGGGUCCACUGCACGCAUGGUUUGAACAGGACUGGCUACCUUAUCUGCAGGUACUUGAUUGACAUGGAAGGCAUGAGGCCAGAUGAUGCAAUUGAACUAUUUAAUAGGUGCCGGGGGCAUUGCAUAGAAAGGAAGAAUUACAUUGAAGACCUGCAGAAUGGCCCCAUCAGAAGGAAUUGGGCUUCUGAUGUAUCCAGGUCAGAUGACUUCGAAGACUCCUCGCAUUUCAUGGAACCAGUCCAUGCUGGAAAUAAGUUUGUUUACUAUGGACCUCAGUAUAAAGGCCACCGCACUCAAGUCUACCCAGCUCGUUCUUGCCAUUUCUCCUCACGGACCCAGGAGCUGCCUCAGCCAGUCAGGCAUUUUUCACGGAAUCCGAAUGUUCAUCGGAGAGGCCUUAUUCCUCCUCCCGGUCCCGCUGGACAGGACUAUUCACAGAGGCGCUACUCCUGGAACGUUAAGCCAUACAGCGGCCCAGCGAUCGAGGGUCAGGGGUUCCCUUCUUACCAGCCUCACAGGCGGCGGUAUUACUGA